AUGAUCAUCGAGAAGAAUCAAAGCGGCAAUGUCCCCGUCGAUGAUCCUCCACCAUAUACCGAGCACAUGAACGCGUCGGACGAGGAACUCGCGGGCGUCAUCGCUGCAGAUCAAGAUUUGACUGCUUACAAGGCCCAUGGAAAGGGCCUUGACUCGAAAGCAACCAUUGCACAAGACGGACGCAUCAAUGUGACAAUGAACGUCAAGAAGGCACUUCCUGGUACUUUACCAACAAACUAUGCCAACGAGAUUCGCGAGUUUGCUGUUGACCCCGUUCUGCUUUCGACCUCGUCUUCAGAUGAUGCUGAGGAUUUGGGACUACGAGAGGGCGGAAGGGUGCCCAGACUCAGUGUCGUCGUCAUGAUCGUCGGUAGUCGCGGAGACGUACAGCCAUUUCUCGCAUUGGGCCAGGAGCUCCUUCGUCAUGGACACAGAGUUCGUAUCGCAACUCAUGGAACCUUUCGUGAGUUUAUCAAAGAGGCUGGGCUGGAGUUUUACAACAUUGGCGGCGACCCGCAUGAACUCAUGAGCUACAUGGUCCGCAAUCCAGGACUAAUGCCUGGCUGGACGUCACUCACAAACGGUGAUAUUCCCCGGAAGCAGCGCAUGCUCUCUGAAAUCCUCAAUGGCUGCUGGGACGCGUGCUCUCAGCCAGAUAUCGAUGGAAAACCAUUCAUCGCGGAUGCUAUCAUCUCCAACCCACCCGCAUUCGCCCACGUGCAUUGUGCCGAAGCACUUGGCAUUCCCCUCCAGCUCUCUUUCACAAUGCCAUGGUGUCCGACUGCUGCAUUCCCUCACCCACUGGUCAAUAUCUCCCAGUCGAAUGCCGAACCCGGGUUGACAAACUAUUUGAGCUACGGAUUAGCGGAAAUGAUGACCUGGCAGGGUCUCGGUGGGGUCAUCAAUGAGUUCCGUACUUCAAAGCUGGGACUAUCAGCCCUCAAUGUUCGCUCUGGACCUGGUCUCGUCGACAGACUCAAGAUACCCUGGACCUAUUGCUUUAGCCCGCUUCUGGUCCCUCGUCCGAUCGACUGGCAAAAUCACAUAGACGUUGUAGGCUUCUACUUUCUCAAUCUCGCAUCGUCAUACUCUCCGUCCACCACUCUUGCUACUUUUCUGGCAUCUGGUCCACCACCCAUUUAUAUUGGAUUUGGGUCAGUGGUAGUCGAAGAUCCGGAGAAGGUGACACAAGUCAUCUUUGAGGCGACGAGGCUAGCCGGUGUCAGGGCACUUAUCUCAGCUGGUUGGGGAGGACUGGGGAAUACUCAGGUUCCACCGCAUGUAUUCAUCCUAGGCAACGUGCCUCACGACUGGCUCUUCACAAAGGUCUUUGCAGUGUGCCACCACGGCGGUGCUGGCACUACUGCCAUCGGUUUACAGUUGGGCAAACCAACCAUCAUUGUUCCAUUCUUCGGCGACCAGCCAUUCUGGGGAAACAUGGUGUGGAAAUCUGGUGCGGGACCAAAGCCCAUUAAACCGGAGAAAUUGGGCGUCGAGAGACUGAAGGCUGCCAUCGAAUUCUGUAUGACCUCUGCGGCAAGAGAUGGGGCAAGGAGAUUGGGUGAGCAAAUCCGGGCUCAGAAUGGCGUCCGGAAUGGUGUCCGCUCAUUUCAUCAACAUCUUCCACUGCUAAAUAUGCGGUGCGAUUUGAUUCCUGAAGAGCUUGCAGUCUGGUGGGAUCCCCAACAUUGCCUCAAGCUUAGCGCAUUGGCCGCUCAAGUUCUCAACGAAGAGAAAUUGCUCAAUAUUCACAAGCUUGAGAUUCACCGUUCAAAGGAGUACGACACGGGUCUAAAGAGCAAGACACCAUUCACUGGUGGUGUCGUUGAAGCUUUAUUGUGCGUCACGUCGUUCUCGGAAGGAUUGGUGCAAAUGUUUACGGAACCAAAGAAGGGAUUGAUCAAUACGACGGUGGCCAUCCCACGGAGUAUCAUGCACAUCCUCGAGUCCUUUACGGAUGAGUUUGCCCAUUUCCCAGCAUUAUACGGCUCGGCUAUCCGCGAGCCUGGUCGACCGAGAGACUGGAAAAGUGGGUUCAAGGAAGGUGGAAAGGCUUUCUUCUUUGGACUCAGUGACGGUAUCACUGGGCUGUGGACGGAGCCGGUCGAAGGGUACAAAUCGGGUGGAUGGAAAGGUGCUCUUGUUGGUAAUAUGCGGAGCUACGCGAACCUCGCAAUGCGUCCUACAGCCGGGGCCUUUAGCCUGAUUACCUACCCUGUACGAGGCGCGUUAAUGUCGCUUCAAAGAAGAGAUACGGCCACAGAACGACAUAUCCGUCAACUCAGGGUUGACCAAGGUCGAGAUGCAUCGCUACAAACACCCAAGUCUCCUAGAAAACCCCAUUUCCCGCCUCCAGUGCCGCCAAAGGACAACAUACCCGCAGCCUCUACCAAGUCUCCUACUGGGGAGAAGUCUGGUGCACCUCACGAGAGGGUCCCAGGCUAUGAUGAGACACUGAUGCCCGACAACCAGACGCUAUAUACAGACGUAGACGAGGGAGGUUUAGAGGGUGAGGAGGACAUGGCCGAGUCGAAGAAGGUCAAGAAGGAUAAAAAGCACUCAGUUGGAAUCGUCCAACGAGAGGCUCAUUUCGAACGACACUUGCGCUCGUUGCAUACGGUACCUCUCGACACACCAGGCUUGCGAGACGAAGCGACGCGUACUGUGAUCAUCCAAGCAUUCAGAGUCGCAAUCAAGUCCGAGAAUGUCAAGAAACGUAAAAAGGCUAUGUCGAAGCGCGUGCAAUGGGUCAUUACGAAAGGUGGUGCGGGCACCAUUGCGGACGUGACGAGCCAAGAGGCCCAAUACUUUGCAGGUGGACAGAUUACCACUGCUGUUUUGACAACGAAUGCGAACGUAGGACGUACCGCAACGGGGAAUUCUACUGACUUGGAUUCUCCAUCUAUGGCCGCACCCAGUUUCGAGCCACAUGCUCCUAGAGCAGGACCAUCGCGUCUUGUCAAGCCACCACCAGCUCCUAGAGCUGGGCCAUCACGUCUCGUCAAGCCGCCACCACUUCCGCCUAGACAAUCCACUUCGUCCACAACAGCAAGUGCCCAAGAAUGGACACGCGAAGACGAGGAGCUAUUUAUCAAACAGCUCGAAGACGCCAAGCUCCGUUCACUGUCUGGUGACGUUUCAGGUACCGCUCACGCAGAUGGAGUUGGAAGAGAUGAUGCCUCGAAACGAGAUUAUGAAGCCCAGUUGUUGCAUGCCACGUUAGAAUGGAGUGAGGCACCCCAUAUUCCGUCCUCGCCGGGAUUCCAUUCGCCACAGCAGUCGUCCUCAUCAACGUCGACCUCAACUCCCCUAUAG